AAUUUUCCAUAAAAAUAGACAAAUUGCAAGGUCUGGAAAGUGCAUUUCAUUGUUUCGAAUUGCCAAGUCAAAAAAAAAGUUUCUGAUUGACAGAACAGUCCAACAAACAAUUCCUCUGUCUUCUUCGCCAAAUCGAUCAUUCUCUGCUCACAGAGUAGGUUUGCUUGAUGAACCCUGUCGAUGGGGAUUCAGACAAUGGGUUCUCACGGGAGUGGUCAACAGCCUCAUCUACAGCCAUUUUCAAGGCAAAACUCGUGGUUUGGCUUUACCCUUGAGGAAAUUGAUAAUCAAUUGGGGGACUUGGGCAAACCUCUGGGCAGCAUGAACCUCGAUGAAUUGCUUAAAAAUGUAUGGACUGCUGAAGCAAAUCAGUCUACUGGAAUGGACACUGAUAGUUCUUCUUCGGCAUCUUCUCUUCAGCGGCAGGCCAGUCUAAGCUUGGCUAGAGCUUUUAGUGGGAAGACAGUUGAUGAGGUGUGGAGAGAUAUUCAACAAGGGCAGAAGAUGAAAAAUGUUGAGGAGAUGAAAGGUCAAGAAAGAGAACAAACUCUCAGCGAGAUAACUUUGGAAGACUUUUUGGUAAAAGCAGGGCUUUUUGCUGAAGUUUCAUCAGGACCUUUUAUACGAGCAGAUAAUGCAGUGACCUGUCAAAAGCCUCUGUCACAGAUUGGCUUGUCACCAAGCACUUCAAUUGACACACUAUCGGAUACACCUGCACCAGGCCGAAAGAGGCAUGCCACAGACGCAAUUGAGAGGACUAUUGAUAGGAGAUUGAGGAGAAAGAUCAAAAAUAGGGAAUCUGCUGCACGUUCACGAGCAAGAAAACAGGCUUACCAUAAUGAGCUGGUAAACAAGGUUUCACGUCUUGAAGAGGAAAAUAUGAAGCUCUUGAAAGAAAAGGACUUGGAGAGGAUAUUGCAACGGGAGUUGUCUCCAGAACCAAGAUAUCAGCUUCGAAGAACGAGUUCUUUCUGAUAUGCCUUUCUAUUUUAAAGUUUUGUAGUUCCUAAUGUUGGGUUUUGUUUGUGUAUUAUUUUUUUUUUGGGGGGUUAUAUUGGAGGGCUGUAACCUGGGAAUGGGGACUCGAACCCUCAACCUUUCAGUAAGAUGCAAGGUUUCUGAUCAACUAAACUAACCUGAGUUCAUUGCUGGCAGAGUUACUUGUUGCAUCUGCAGAUAAUGUGCUUUGCUCUCCACCCCCGCCGACCCACUGGUGAGGGUUUAAUUGUACAUUUAUAUGGAUAUAUGUAUUCAGCUUAGGUUUAUAUAGAAACAAAUGUUACAUGUUUAAAUAUUUGAUGGUCCAUGUGAAAUGAAAUCAAGAAAAGAA